AUGACUACGCCAGACUCAGCAUUUGGUGGAGCGCGAAAGCUGGAGUGCAGAGUCUGCCAGAAAGGAUUCUCCAAAGCGGAACAUCUCAGGAGACAUGAACUCAGUCAUACGGGAUCCAGGCCAUUCGCAUGCAAAUGGUGUAAACGAGCUUUUGCGCGUCAAGACUCUCUCGCGCGCCAUGAAAGACUACACAAGCGCAAAGAAAGCACGGGGCGUCCUUCUUCGCCAUUAACUCCCAUCUCUGAAACCGCCGUCGAUGCUCUUCUCGCAUCGGACGGUGCCGAUGCUCCUACCGCUACCGUAAGGAACGGUUCCACCGAAGAUCAGAUAUGGGGUGAAUCGCAACCCGUAGAGGGCAUUAGCUUGCAGAACAUGCCCAAUGUUGCUGCUGAGUUGGACUUUGAGCUUUUCUGGCCCGAUUCGGAGGAUCUCUUCCAAACGAUCAUCUCAUCCGACACCGUAAAUCAGUGGCAGAUGCCAUUGGGGGCCCUUCCAUUUCCGCCAGUCUUACCUCAGAUGGGCAAUCCCAACUCCGGGUCUCCGGGUUCAUUUGACGAGCGAGACUCAUCAAUCGGCGCCAUUCCAUCCGGUGGAAGUCACCAGGCCGUCCACGAUGUCACUAGAAUGGUUACCAACUUGUCCUCCAGCGUGACAGCUGCGCUAGACGCCGUUUCUAUCACCUCAGUUUUUCUUGACGAAAGCUUACACAUGUUCUUUGUUCGCUUCAUUCCUACUUUCCCUAUCCUACACCGAGCAACAUUCGUCUUCCGAGAGUGUACACAUCCCUUACUGCUCAACGCUAUCGCUAUCGGUUCUCUAUACCUUGGCCCGAAAGACGCGGUCGCGAAGGGAGAGGCUUUGUGGCGUCUUGCUCACACCGCAGUCGCGACAUCGUGGCAAACACUGAUCACGCAUCGUGGUCCAUAUGACGCUUGCAAAGGUGUUCAACUAGUCAUCACCGCCCUUCUUAGCCAGAUAUAUGGUGCUCUCUCGAAGAACCGAGCUAUUCGCAUCACGAGUCAAACGUUCCAUGCACUCGGCUUCUUCUGGGCGAGGCAUUGUGGGAUGUUUGACACCGAACCAUUUUCGGUGAACAACUUGCCAUCUUUGGAUGCUUCGGAAGCGGAGAAGGAGCACCAGUGGAGAACCUGGGUGUCCAGGGAGAUUCAGAAACGAGCACUGCUGGCUCACUACGUGUUGGACGGCCUGAUUGCUCAGAUGUCUGGGGAGAAUACUUCGGUUCGUCAUGCUACCAACCAGCUUGGCCUUCCCAGCAGCGAAGCCGUUUUCGAAGCUAGCACCGCCGACGAAUGGAUAACCCGUCUGCGCUCUGAGAAGGCGGAUACUACUUCAUUCCGUAGCAUAUUUCGCUCGCUCUUCACUCCCAUGGGUGUUUCCCUCACCCUCGACUCCCCAUUCUCUGCGUUCUCACUCAGAGUCGUCCUGGAGGGACUCCAGUCUCUUAUAUCUGACUGUGACGAAGACGACGUUGCUGCCGUCGGCGUCCCAACAAAGUCCGAGAUCCGAAGGGCACUGGCUCAAGUCCACGAGAUGAUCACAAGUAACGUCCACCUUUCUGAGACAGAUCGCCUCGAGACACUGCUUCGAUGGCACGCUAUAUGUCUUGACGCCGAUACUAACUCUUCCCUGCUAUGCCGGUACGUAUGCUCCCGCUACAAUAUCGAGCAACAUGUGUUUGGAGGCGGUAAGGGAAUCAAGCCCGGACUUGACCUAAUAAGGUGGGCCAAUACGGAGGGCGCCCGCAGAGCACUGCUCCACGCUGCCGCAAUCCAAGACAUCGUCGAGCAGUUACCAAGAGGACGAGCACAUGUGAUCCACAUGCCGAGUUCUCUCUUCGCAGCGGCAACAGUCUACAGCGUCUUCAUCCUAGCCGGCUCCACCACUGUCGGCCUUCCCCGGACCGUGGACUGGAGGAACGUGUUGUACAACGAAACCGAUUCCUGGAUGGCCUAUGAAGAGCUUUCAGGAUCUGCUAUCGGUUCAGAGACGAGGAGAUACAUACGCGGCGAUCCUCCGUCUUUUUCCAAAAACCUGGGAGCGACGAGGAAUCUGUUGUACGAGCUCAACUCGAUGCAGAAGCUGUUCCGCUGCCUUUUUUCGCAGUGGGGAGUAGCGCAUGAUAUGGAGAAUGUUGUCGACCAGUGGAUUGCGCUCUGCCACUGA